AUGGCGACCUCCAUGGCGAGAUUUACUACUCGCAAUUUAUUUAAAAUACUUUUAAAUAGUGAUGGAUGUAAAGCGGUGCGUUCAAUAACUUCUUCACAACUAUACGUAUUCAGAUUUGGUGAUCCAACAGCAGUAUUAAGACAACGGCAUCAGGAAUUAUCUCCUACACUAGGACCCAGAGAGGUCAUGGUGAAAAUGCUCAUGGCCCCGAUCAAUCCAUCUGAUGUAAACAUGAUGGAAGGCACUUAUUUCGUACAGCCUUCACUUCCAGCCGUAAUGGGAAACGAAGGUAUUGGCCAGAUCGUUGAAACAGGACCCGAAGUAAAAGGUCUUCAGGUUGGAGAUAUGGUAAUUCCAGCAGACACAGCAUGGGGUACCUGGCAAACUUACAAAAUCUCCCAUGAUGAAGAUGUUCUUAAGUUGCCCAAUGAUAUUUCUGUGUUAUCAGCUGCCACUAUUUCAGUAAACCCUUGCACAGCAUACCGUAUGCUUAAAGACUAUAUUGAUCUUAAACCUGGAGAUGUAAUUAUUCAAAAUGGCGCCAACAGUGGAGUUGGUGUAAGUGUCAUUCAACUUGCAAAAGAGUGGAAAUUUAAAACAAUAAACAUUGUGAGAAACAGGCCAGACUUUGAUAAAUUAAAAGAGUAUUUGUUAUCGCUUGGCGCGGAUGCCGUUGUUACUGAAGAGUUUGUUCGUACACCUCAGAUGAAAGAAUUGUUAAAUACUUUUUCAAAAAAACCAAAGCUAGCUUUUAACUGUGUGGGUGGUCAGUCAGCAACAGAACUUAUACGUCACCUGGGUCAAAAAGGUGUAAUGGUGACAUAUGGUGGAAUGUCCAAACGUCCAGUUAUGGCUCCUACAGGUGCAUUGCUAUUCAAAGAAAUAGUGCUGUGUGGGUAUUGGAACACAAACUGGAAUCGCAUUCAUAAAACUGAUAUUGCCAGAUAUGAAAUGUUAUCAGAUCUUUCUAGGCUCAUUAAAGAGUCAAAAUUUAAGCCUCCACUGUGUGAAUUCUUCAAACUGGAUGAUUACAAAGCUGCUAUUGAAAAGGCUACUGAAGGUUUCAAAGGUGUUAAAGCUGUCUUUGAUAUGCAGUGAAAAUGUUUUAUAAAAAUGAAUGAGAAUGGUUCAUAUCUUUCAGUUAGUGAACCCUUUAAAACUGGAAUUUGUUUGAACUGUAGAAAUCUCCUUUAAGUAUUAUUACAUAGCUUUAGACUUGUGAUAUUUAUACUAUAAAUGUUUAGGAAAAAGAACUUGGGGAAAUGUUUUCAUAAUUAUAACGUUAUUUUGUUGCAAAUUUUCUCUAGACAAGUUUAAUUGCCUUUUUAAAAUAUAAUACUUUUAUUCAAUAAAACCCACAGGUACCGAUACUUAAAAGCACAUGCUAUAAAAUAUGCUAGAAGACAAUAAUUUUGUAUACGCUGGUUGAUUACUUUGGAUUUUAAUAUUGUUGAUGUAUAUUUAUACUUAUACUAAUGACGCCACUAUAAGUAUUAGAUUUCUCUUUUGGUUUCUUUGUCAGGGAAUAAAAUGAUUUUUUUUUAUAUUGUAGACCAGUGGUUCCCAACCUUUUUCGAGUGGCGACCCCCUUUUAUAAAAAUUAAGUGACCCGCGACCCCCAUAGAAUUAAAAAGCCGAAAUUUGUAUGGAAAU